AAGCAUGCACUUGCCUGGACUCAGUAUCGCUCCAGAGACUGGACUGGUUAGUUGCAGGAGAGAAAGAUGAAUGAUGUCAAGCUUGCUGUCCUGGGUGGUGAAGGGACGGGCAAAUCUGCUCUUACAGUAAGGUUUCUUACCAAGCGGUUUAUUGGAGAAUAUGCUUCUACCUUUGAAUCUAUCUAUAGUAAGCAUUUGUGUUUGGAAGGAAAGCAACUGAAUCUGGAAAUAUAUGACCCUUGCUCUCAACCACAGAAAGCAAAAUUCUCCCUCACCAGUGAGCUUCACUGGGCAGAUGGGUUUGUUAUUGUGUAUGACAUCAGUGACAGGCCUUCGUUUGCUUUUGCAAAAGCACUUAUCUACAGAAUCCGGGAGCCGCACAGUACGCUUUGUAAAAGAGCUGUGGAGCCAGUUGUGCUUCUGGUUGGUAACAAGCAAGACCUCGGUCAUGUGAGAGAAGUUGGCUGGGAGGAAGGACAGAAGCUCUCACUGGAUUACCGCUGCCAGUUCUGUGAACUGUCUGCUGCUGAGCAGUCCCUAGAGGUAGAAAUGAUGUUCAUCAGAAUCAUCAAGGACAUUCUCACAAACUUCAAACUCAAAGAAAAGAGAAGAUCCAGUGGAUCUAAGUCAAUGGCCAAACUGAUCAAUAACGUGUUUGGAAAGAGAAGGAAAUCUGUGUAGGAGGUAUAUGAAAUCAGAGAGUCCAACAUUCACCUGUUAAUUAUUCUUACCUUUGGUAUGCAGUUUUCUUGGAGAUGUGAAGUGUCUGAAGUUGAAACACAGCUAUAUUUUCAAACUUAUCAUUUUGGCGAUUGAAUCUGAUUAAUUCUGUUUAUCCAUAACCUUCCAUUCACUGUGCACACGAGGGUUCACUCUAUCUGUUGAUACAUUUUAUUGAGUGUGCCUUGCCAAGAAAA